AUGCCGCCUAAAAAAGAUGAUCUUACAAAGAAAUUCGAAAAAUUGCAAAAUGAUAAACUGGUGAGUUUAUUUAUAUAGAGGUUAUGACGUGGCAAAGAACAUUUUCAGAAGGAAAAAAAAUCCUAUUGCUAUUUCUUUUUACGUCCUGUUGAAAUCCAAACAGCCUUGGACCCUGAAACUUUUCGAAAAAUGAUAUUUUAUAUUGGACGAGGAACUGAUGAUCGGAUUUGGAAACAUAUCAACAACAUUCGGGAAAAAACUAAAGAACGGGACGAAGUGGUAGGUGGCUUUUUUUGAAACAAAAAUUGAAAAAGUUAGCAUAAAAUCUUUGCAAAUCGUCUAAUGUUUUCAGAUGUCUCCCAAAAUGAAUAUGGUUCUGGAAUGUUGGGAAAAAUAUAAAUAUUUUUACGUUGUCAAAGUAUUCAAUGGAAUUCACAAAAUCGAUUCAAAAUGUCGUGAAUCUGUGAUGAUAACAGCUAAGGGGUUGAGAAAUUUGACUAAUAAAAUUGUGAGUCUCAAUUUUUCAAUCUUAAUUUUCAAAAAAAAAACAAAACAUUUUUAGAAUGGUUGGGAAAUCGCAGAGAACAUUAUCAGCUUGGAAGAUCAGAAAGAAUAUGGCGAACGUAUGCUGAAAGCGUAGGUUUUGAGAACUUUAUAACAACAUUUUCUCGAGUUUUCAGAGCAUUCGAGGAGGCUAGAAAGAAUGAAUGGGACAGGGUUGAGAAGGAAGAGUCGAAAAAGGAAAAAAUGAUGAAGGAAAUGGGGGUGCAGCUAUUUCGAUGA